AUGCGACUCGAAUGCGACCCGAGUCCCCAAUACGGAACAAAUGGCUGUCAUUAUGAGCGGGCGGUGAUAGCGUGUCCCUUCACCAGUUGCACCACCAUCCGCACCAAGCUGAAUGACUUGGUGAGAGCCGGUGGAUGUAACUAUCACUGCACUGCAUCCGCCAAAGCGGCCUCUGCCUCUCCAAUAGCGGAAUCGGCGGUACGUGCCUCCUUCUCACGGCAAAUCAAGCUCCUCAUCGUGCAUCGGUGUGCGGACGUGGUACUCGAGGAUGUGGAUAGCUUCAUCUCAACUCACCGAAUGGAAGGGGAGCAAGAUGAUCGGUCAUGGCAGAUCACGAUGACCACUUCCCGACCACCUCAGACAUCCAAUCCAUCACACUACCAUUCUUGA